AUGUUUUCUGAACGUAAUAUUUGGUUAUGUAAUCCUUCAUUAGUUGAAAAACUUUUUACAAAUUCUACAAAAACAAAUUUCUUUUGUAGAGCUUUAUCUACUAAUGGAUUUAAAGAAUUAGGAAUGCAUAAAGUUGGAAUUGGUUUUAAUAGAGAUUUCGAAAGUUGGAAAUAUAAUCGUAGAAUUUUAAAUUAUACACUUACAAAUAUUAAAGUUUUAAAAGGAUAUAUGAAUGCUGUUAAAAAUUUAUUUGUAGAAAUUGAAGGUUAUUGGAAAGAUUUAAACUUUGAAAAUAAUGAAGAAUCUAAAGAAAUUAAUGAAUUUGUUAUUGAUUUUAGUCAAUGGAUGAGAAGAUUUAUAACUGAUCUUGCUUUAAAUAUGAAUCUCGGUGAUCAUGCAUUUAGUAUGGCUGGUUAUUAUAAUUUUCUUUCUAAAAAUAAAAAAAAACGAACUUCUGAAAUUAUCGAAUCGGAAAAAUUCAUUAAAAGUUUUGUAACAUGGUUAAGAUUUCAAUCAAAUUAUAAUUGGUUGACCAAUGAAUUUUCUAGAAUCAUUCAAAAACGUAAACAAGAAAUUGAAAAUGUACCUUUGGAUAAACUCGAUAGAUAUGAUGUUUUAAAUACAUUAUUAACCGUAAACAAAGCUCAAGAAUUAAAAGGUAAUAACGGAAUGGCUAUAAGAUCAAUGAAUGAAAGUGAGAUUUUUGGUGUUUUACUUGAAUUUUUUGUUGCUGGUGUUGAAACGCAUCCUUCAGUAAAACAAAAACUUAUUCAAGAAAUUGAUUCUGUAUUUCCUACUACAUUACCGUCAAGUGAUAACAUCACUUAUGAAAAACUUAUGAAUAAUCUUCCUUAUUGUGAUGCGAUCGUUAAAGAAACGAGUCGUUUAAAAACAAAUCCACCAAUUAAUCCUCGUGAACUUUAUGAACAAGACGAAAUUGGGGGAUAUACAAUUCCAAAGGGUGCUACGGUAAUUGCAAGUGUAGAUGCCAUUCAUUUACAUAAAGAUUAUUGGGAAAAACCUACAGAAUUUAUUCCUGAAAGAUUCUUAUCUAACGAUUAUCCAUUAUCCAUGUCACAAAAAUUAUUAACUUUUGGUGGUGGAUUAAGAGGUUGUGUUGGUAAACAAGUGGCAAUGGUUGAAGUUAAAACUAUUUUGGUUUUAUUAUUUAGAAAGUAUGAUAUCGAACUGGUAAAUGAAAACAUGGAUGCAAAAGAUAAAACUUAUCUUCUUAAUAGUUGUAGUCAAUUGAUGAUUAGGCUUAAGCCCAGAACAGUGGUUUAA